AUGACAAAUGUAUAUUGUUGUAGUUCAACAGAAAUUGGCCCGGAUCUGAUAACCGAGGACCAGUUGUUCGUGCUUGGAUUGUGGAAAGAUCGGUGGGAUUUGGGCCCACGCGUGGACGCCGUCUACGCACCACCGUUACCCGCAGCAGCUGAGCUACAAGGCCACACAUCAGCAGCUCUCAUCAGUUCGACACAACUUACAAAGGCGCGUAGAAUCUACGAGAUCGCAUGUCCUGGCUUUAGCGAACGUCCGUCCACGCUCGCUGCGAGAAUGAUGGAACAUAAUUCGGUGACCAAUUAUAUAACACGACCGCUACCGCAGUUUCACAUCGACCCACCCGACCACUACACAAUCGUGCAUCCGUCAGAACCUGUGGCAGCCCUGCACGAUAAGGAGAACGGCAAUCCCGCGGCAAGUCCGACCGACCAACCUCUGCUCCUACGAAAAACAUGGGUUGAAAGCCCCAGUUGGACUGGCUCAUACGCCAGUGAAUGGCAUCGACUGUUCGGCGACCUGACCGCCCAACGCGGUGUCCAACAAGCGCAUCCGAUUCACCUGACUCAGUUGCGCGAAUGUGCAUUCACCGGUCAGUUGCGCAACUGCCGUUUUCGUAGUGUCUGCUGGCGACUCCAUUUGGGUAUUUUGCCACCGGAUAUGCGUCAUUGGAGUAUGGCAAUCACAAGACAUCGACGCAGUUUUCAAGAGAUUGACUAUGUGGUCAAUUUGGAUCCGCACGUGUACAACCUACACGAUCAUCCACUGUCCCGAGAAAAACGCAGUCGUUGGUGUCACUAUUUCACCACACAGGAUGUCAAGCGUGUGAUCGCGCAGGAUGUGGAUCGCACAUUUCCCGAGGUGGAGUACUUUCGCAAUCCGCAGGUACAGCACGCCAUGAUCAACGUGUUGUACUGUUACGUGGAACAUACCGGAGCGGACUAUAAGCAAGGCAUGCACGAGCUGCUCGCCCCGUUGUUUUUCGUCCUCCACUGCGAUCAGAUCGCAUUUCAACACGCCUGUGAAACAAAUGCCAUCUCGGCUCAGUUAAAAGCGUACCUGGGUACAUUGCUGAACGAUCGAUAUUUGGAAGCGGAUGCUUUCGUCCUGUUCAGUCACAUUAUGAACCUGGUACAAUUGUGGUACGCAAAUGACCGCGUUCCUCAGGUAAAACCGCGAACCCCAGUCGGUGACUCCGAUAUGCCUAAGUUGUUCUGUUCCGAACUAGACUUCCGGACGGCAAACAACAACAACAAUAACGGCAACAAGAACAAUAGCACUAACCAGCAUAACAAUGACUUUGUGGUUUCCAAUCCGGGUGUAGCUUAUGUGGAAGAGAUACACGAUAAACUGUUACAAAAAUACAAUCAAGACGUGUAUUUCCACUUGAAACAGUUAGACAUUGUCCCGGCCUUGUUUGGCCUACGUUGGAUCCGACUGUUGUUCGGUCACGAGUUUCCGAUGCAAGAUCUACUUUACAUAUGGGAUUGUAUUUUCGCCGCCGAGGACGAUUUCGCCCUUGUUCGAUAUAUAUAUGUCAGUAUGUUGGACUAUCUCGGUCCCAGCCUGUUACAGAUGAACUACUCGGAUUGUCUAUCCCAUUUAAUGCGUUUCCCCCAGGGGGUGGAUGUGAGUUACCUGGUCCAGAUGGCUUUGCAUUUCUACAAACCGAAACAGUAUGCUGUACCGCUUCACGUCCAGUCACCCCGACCGAACACUCCGGGAACCCCGGCCGAUAGUACCGGUCGAAAAUACCGACCAAGCAUGUCCGGGCGUGGAAAACUUAACCGAAGUGGAUCAAGUGCUGGGUUGUCCUCAGCCGGUGUGAUCAGUACGGCUGCGGCCAUAGCCACAAUAGGCCGCGGGCCAGCCGGUCGCAAAUCGUUGGGCAGGCGAAACACGCUCCUGGACACACAAAACAUGCCCCGACUCAAAACGGAACAACGAGAGGUAUCCAAAAGUAGUAUGUCGUUGAAUCGUCUGUUCCUACGAGACCAAUCCGGACGAUCCACACCAUUGCUGGGUCCUCGAACAGCUGGUCCGAUCAAAGUGGAACACAAAUUGUGGUCACGUGAACUUCAUCAACGUUGUCAGGAGGUGGUCAGCACAUGCUGGAAUCAGAUGAGCGCGGUGGUGGACGAGUUGGAGAAAGAAAUGCACGGACAGACAAACGAAAAUGGGCCCAUUCAUCCUACCAAUCAAUCCGAAGGGCGGAUUCGACUGGAUCAACUUGAACGUCUCCAGAUAAUACAAGCUGAACUGGAAAAAGUGGUGCAAUGGCUCGGUGUAGAUGAAGAACCACCUGCGGUGUCGCCACAAACGGAGACCGAUAGUCCGACCGUGCAGCCGAUAAGACGAGCCGGAUCCCUGAAUCUCCUACCACCACCCGCUCUCAGACCGAAAUCUGCCCAGUCCGGACUGAUUGAUUUUUCAAACGCACCGACAGGGGACAAACCACUUGACGAUCAGUACCUAGUGUCCAAAACGGGGAUCUACAUAACAGCUUCGUAG